UUUUCACACAACGCAUCAUCAACUUGAGGAAUUCUCUGCCACGAGAUGUGGUGACAGCCAACAACCUGGAUGGCUUUAAGAGCGGUUUGGAUAACUUCAUGGAGGAGAGGUCUAUCAAUGGCUACUAGUCAGAGGGCUAUAGGCCACCUCUAGCCUCAGAGGCAAGAUGCCUCUGAGUCCCAGUUGCAGAGGAGUAACAGCAGGAGAGAGGGCAUGCCCCUUUCAACUCCUGCCUGUAGGCUUCCAGCGGCAUCUGGUGGGCCACUGUGUGAAACAGGAUCCUGGACUCGAUGGGCCUUGCGCCUGAUCCAGCAGGGCUGUUCUUCUGUUCUUAACUAGAGAGCAUGUGUAAUGGAAUGGGAGAUGCCCUUUUUGUCGGCCACCUAGGGCAUUCAAGACGGACGCCAGCACCAGGAUGGCGAGCAGAGGAUGGGUUGCCACAAUGCUGGGAAUCCCAGUGGCAGGCAUUUCUGAAGACAGCACAGCCUCCCCGCUCUGGCAGGGGAGAGCCUCAGGAGUGUGUGCCACUGUCACAGGGUGAUAUGAAGGUUGGCUUGACUUCCUGUGAAGGGGCAGCUUCCUCCAGGUAUUGUACAGGAAGGAGUGUAAGCUGUAACAGAACAGCCCAAGAAGACUAUAGCAGGCAGAACAACAAAAGAGACCCUGGGAAAGUAAAAGAAGAGAUUAACAGUGAAGAUAUUAUCAGCACAGAGGAAUUUCAGGCAGUUCUGCUAUGAGGAGGUUGAGGGGCCCCGGGAGGUCUUUUGCCGCCUUUGGUAUCUUUGCCACCAGUGGCUGAAGCCGGAAAGAAACACCAAGGAACAAAUCUUGGAGUCGUUGAUCCUGGAGCAGCUCCUGGCCAUCCUGCCCCAAGAAAUACAGAGCUGGGUGAAGGGACACGGUCCAGAGUCGGGAGCUCAGGCAGUGACCUUGCCAGAAAAUUUCAUCCUCUUGAUGUGGCAAGAGACUGGGAGAAGAGAACAGCAGGAGGAGAUUAUGAAUUUCCCAGAUGGGGAGGAGGGAGUGUCCUCUGAAUCAGCACAGAAGCAGCUAAGCAAACAGGUCAAACAGGAGGGUGAAGGGGAGGCCAACUCACUGGUACUUGAUGAACGGGGGCAAGAGAAAGAGAGCAAAGAGUUGAAGAUGUCACUGGAAGGAAAUGAACCUGAAUCUCUGAAUGAAGACCCUGGGAAGCAGGAUGGAACUAUGGGGCAAGAAAGAAAGGAAAUUGAGGAUGGGAGAGGCAAAGAUGCUGCCAGCCUAAGUGGGGACUUCCAAGAUGUCACAGACCAAGAGAGAAAAACCACUGAAGAGAGGCAGAAUCCAUGCCAUGUAUGUGGGAAAAACUUCAGUCAUAGGUCCAAUUUGAUCAGGCACCAGAGAAUCCACACUGGGGAAGAGCCAUAUAAAUGUUUCAAUUGUGGGAAAAGGUUCAAACAGAGCACAUGCCUCAUUUCACACCAGAGGAUCCACACGGGAGAGAAACCCUAUAAAUGCUCAGACUGUGGGAAGAGCUUCAAUCAGAGGACCUGCCUGAUCAGGCAUCAGAGGAUCCACACUGGAGAGAAGCCGUACAAAUGCACAGAGUGCGGGAAAAGCUUCAAGCAGAGCCAACACCUCAUCACCCAUCUGAAAAUGCACUUUGGGGAGAGGCCGUACAAAUGCACAGAGUGCAGGGAGACCUUUUGCGAUGAGUCGAGUCUCCUGAGGCACCAAAGACUCCAUGCUGGGGAGAAGCUGCACAAAUGUUCAGAUUGUGGGAAGAGCUUCAGUCAGAGCACGAGCCUCAUCAGCCAUAUGAGAAUGCACACAGGGGAGAAACCGUAUAAAUGUCCCCAAUGUGCCGAAAGCUUUUGUGACAAGUCAAGCCUCAUUGCACAUCAGAAGAUCCACACAAGGGACAAGCUGUACCAAUGCCUCAAGUGUGGCAAGAGUUUUAAUUGUCACAGCAACCUCAUUACACACCAGAGAAUCCACACGGGGGAGAAACCUUACCAGUGUGGCCACUGCGGGGAAAGCUUUAGCCGGAGCACAUACCUGAUUAUCCAUGAGAGGAUUCACACAGGAGAGAGCCCAUACAAAUGCUCGCACUGUGGGAAAAGCUUCCGCCGGAGCUCACACCUUAAUAGCCACAAGAGAACUCAUACCCAAGAGAGGCCAUAUGAAUGCUUGCACUGCGCGAAAAGCUUCACGCAGAUCGCGCACCUGGUUACCCACGAAAGAACCCACACGGGAGAAAAGCCAUACAAGUGCACAGACUGUGGGAAAAGUUUCAACCAGAGCCCAAACCUCAUUAGACAUCGGGAAAUCCAUAAGCGAGAGAAGUUGGCAAAGAUGCUGUCAGAGAAUAACUCUUCCUAGAGAAGUUAUCAGAGAACAAAUUUUCUUAGGGCUGGUAUGGAUGCUACCAUCCUUGCCCACGUAAUUAGGAAGGGGACACAUCGCGAUUGUGCCCAUUGUGACUUCUUCCACGGAUAUCCCAGUGUCCUCUUGGUGCAUCUCUUUAGCUUAUGGGUUAAUCUGACCACCCUGCACACACUCCAAGUACUUAUUUAAACAUACAUGCUUAAUGUACAUGUUUUUCUGUGAAUGAUGUGUUCAUUUCGAAAGUGAAACUGCAUACAGGCUCCUCAGAUGCAGGUUCAGUUAGAAAGUGUACUGCUGUAUGCACGUUCAGUGAUAAAAUGCAAAUAACUAUGUAUGCGCAGCUCUGUAUAUGCCUACAUGAUGAGCAAAAUUAUUCAAAGCAGGAUUAUUGAAAUUAAAAGGACAAGUUGGGCAAGUCCUAACUUGUCUUUGUGUUUUAUUGGGACUACUUUGAGUAAUUUCCCUCAUCCUACCAGCCAGUGUACACCGAUUGUACGAGUGCUUAUGAAUAGGGGUAAUCUAGGCAUUAUAUCUGUAUGGUCUCGUAAAGUACUGGCAUCCUUUGGCUCUUCAGCUAUUGUUGGACUGCAUCCCCAGCCACAGCGGCAAUAAUCAGGAAUGAUGGGAAUUGUAGUCCAACAUCUUCAGGAGAGUCGAAGUUAUGCAGCCCUGGUUUAGAGCAACCCUUUCAAACCUGGGUCACCAGAAGUGGUUGGACCAUAACUCCCAUUACUCUUUGGCCAUUGUGGCAGGGGAUGAUGGGAGUUGUAGUCCAGUUGCCCCUGGAGACUCAAGUUUGAGAACCGCUGGCUUAGAAUAUUUCCUGCUAAACAAGCUAUGUAUGAUGGGAUAUCUUAAAGAGAAGGGGAAUCCACCUCAAUUACCCUUCCUGCUCAUCUAUCCAUGGGAAGUUUCUCAGCCUCAUUAGCUCUCUGAUCCUUCUACAUGUACUGAAGGAUGAGGUGAGAAUGUUCUGAGAUGGAUAGUAGAAUAGGAUAUAUCACUUUAGAUUUCAGUUGGGGUGGGCCAUUUUUGAACAUUCUGGUGAGGCUAGAACCUUUCUCCUUGCUCUAUUCAUUUUUAACUUGGAUGGAUUUGUGGAGAAGGUGAAGAAAGAGCUUUUAAAACAUGACAUCCCCCCACUUGCAGUCUGGAGUGGUACAGUCCCAACUAUCACUUCAGAAGUCUACCACUUCUAUGUAGCUCUGGGCUAUGUUCUACAGUGAUGAAGAUUCUAGUCCACCAGUUUAUGUCACAAUAAAUCUGUGAAAUCUUUUAAGAUGCUACUGAACUCCUGUUGUUUGACAGCCAAUGGUGUUGAAAUGAAUAAACUAGACUGAAGUAAACAGA